AUGGAGGCACGGAAGCAGGAGGAGAAGCUCAAGAGCGUCAACCUCGACGACUGGCUGCCCAUCACGUCGUCGCGCACGGCCAAGUGGUACUACUCGGCGUUCCACAACGUGACGGCGAUGGUCGGCGCCGGCGUGCUCGGCCUCCCCUUCGCCAUGUCGCAGCUGGGAUGGGGUCUCGGGACGGUGGCGAUCGUGAUGUCGUUCGUGAUCACGCUGUACACGCUGUGGCAGCUGGUGGAGAUGCACGAGAUGGUGCCCGGCAAGCGCUUCGACCGGUACCACGAGCUCGGGCAGCACGUGUUCGGCGAGCGCCUGGGCCUCUGGAUCAUCCUGCCCCUGCAGAUCAUCGUCAUGGUCGGCACCGACAUCGUGUACAUGGUCACCGGCGGGCAGUCGCUGAGGAAGUUCCACGACCUCGUCUGCCAGGGCCGCGGCUGCAACGACAUCCGCCUCACGUUCUGGAUCAUGAUCUUCGCCAGCCCGCACUUCGUCCUCUCCCAGCUCCCCAACUUCAACUCCAUCUCCGCCGUCUCGGGCGCCGCCGCCGUCAUGUCCCUCGCCUACUCCAUGAUCGCCUUCUGCACGUCGGCGAUCAAGGGUGCCGAGGCCACGGCCGGCGCCAUCGACUACGGCCUCAGGGCGACCACGACGUCGGGGCAGGCGUUCGGCAUGCUCAGCGCGCUGGGCACCGUGUCGUUCGCCUACGCGGCGCACAACGUGGUGCUGGAGAUCCAGGCCACCAUCCCGUCCACCCCGGAGAAGCCGUCCAAGAAGCCCAUGUGGCGCGGCGUCGUCGUGGCCUACGCCAUCGUCGCGCUCUGCUACUUCUCCGUCGCCUUCGCGGGGUACUCCGCCUUCGGCAGCUCCGUGGACCCCAACGUGCUCAUCACCCUCGACAAGCCGCGGUGGCUCAUUGCCGCCGCCAACCUCAUGGUCGUCAUCCACGUCAUCGGCGGCUACCAGGUCUUCGCCAUGCCCAUAUUCGACAUGAUCGAGACCGUGCUCGUCAAGAAGCACCAGUUCACGCCGGGCUUCUUGCUCCGCUUCGUGUCCCGCUCAGCUUAUGUCGCCGCUACGAUGUUCAUCGGCUUGAUCUUCCCCUUCUUCGACGGCCUGCUCGGAUUCUUCGGAGGCUUCGGGUUCGCGCCAACGACAUACUUCAUUCCUUGCAUAAUGUGGCUGAUGGUGCGGAAGCCUAAGAAGUACGGCCUCACAUGGUUCAUUAACAUUAUCUGUAUCGUGAUCGGCGUGCUGCUGACGAUUAUCGCCUCCAUUGGAGGACUCCGGCAAAUCAUCCUUGACGCCAAGAAUUAUAAGCUCUAUUCUUAA